CAGCGUGCCAUGUCUCUGCUAGAGAGGCCCACGGAUACAGCUCAUAUUGACAGCGCGCCGCGAAUUCGCACCGAAGAAACAACUUCAACCCUGACCUGCGGCGAUGCCGAAGGAAGCGGGACAUCUACAGUUCGAGAACCGGAACUAUUACCGCACACCUCCUCCUGCACAAUCACUGCAUCCUCUCCACCUCCCCACCCACCGAAGCGAUUGCCCUCGCUGCUGUCAUCUUCCGAGUCAAUACCGAGUAGUGCGAGACUCUUGAACAAUCGUCGCGAUAUCCUGAUUUCGCCUCGAGUCAAAUUCCUUUGCAAGGGUGAACCGGUACCUGAUCCUCGAUUUUGGAAACCAGGGUAUCAAAGUGUGCCUAGCAAAAUGGCGAAGCCCGGUGCUGAACUCAGUUGGAACCCCAAGCGGCCGGGUAUGGUAACAUACAGCAGGAGUUACCAAAAAAGACGCUCAAAUUCGCACGAUCAGGAUACACUACCCCCGAAUCCCUAUAGCGAUGAUCGGGAACCUAAAAGACAGAAGUUUGGCCACCCAAUCGUGGAUCUGGAGUCGACUCGAGAUGUCUACGACCUUGAAGAUUCUUCUCCAGCCCAACCAUCUGCGCAUUCCAGUCGCCGAAGUGCAAGCAGCGAGCAAGGCGCUGGCGCGUGGCCAAAGACUUUCGCGAAGUCUGAAUUCGAAGUCACACAGAACAUUGCACAUGUGCGUCGGAAACAACCGCGAGUCUCUUUGGCCAACACAAGACCUAGCAGCUCCAAGAGCAACAAGAAUAGUGCUGGUUAUAAUGAAUCGGUACCAAUCGACCUUGACGAUGAAAAAGAUCGGGGCAGACCAAGCACGAGUAAGCUAAUGCAGCUACAUGAAUUCACCCAAGGAAUCCCUUCCGGCUACCACCGUGGUGCAAAGCCCAGGACUGAAGACUUGGUUUCGCGGCAUUUCUCCAAACCCCCGACUAUUCCAAACCCACCCAACAAGGACAAUCUUCGUAACGCAUUCAAGCGUCAUCUACCAGAAGAUGUCAGUGAUUCAGAGGAUGAGCUGGCGGCCGGUGUGAACAAGAUGGCCAAGAGGUCCGACCCGUCUAUGAGUCGGAAGGUAAAAGUUUCCGGCUCAAUCUAUAAACGGAAAGAAAUGCCAGAAGAGGGGUGGCAAUUGAAAUGGGCAAGAGCCACCAACCACAAAGCAAUUCAUGAAAAACUUCUGCUCUGCAGCGGCACAGAAAAGCAUCACUGGCGUGUGGUCGGUCCAGGUGACGAUGGGUUUCGACAUACAAAAUUCGAUGUUGACCUCACAAAGAUGAAUUUGGCUUACGCUGACGAAUCCGGCCGAAUCCGAUUAUGUGGUUCCUCGCACGCAGAUGGUGUCCAAGACAUGAUCGAUUUACAUUUUGCCAAUUCAAAUCACAGCAAAGUGUUUAAAGUAUCCGAUCUCAAGUCUUCCAACAUCAGAGUGCACGCCAAAGAUGAGGCACACAUGCAAAGAAUCUUCGACAAAGUAAUGCCACUUAGGCGUCAAGAUGGUCCACUUGCAGUCUCUCUCGAAGCUCAGCGUGAAUCGCAGGUUGGUACUGGAACGAGUGAGAAGCAACAGAAACCGGGGUUAUUAGACAAGCUGCUACAGACUCAAGCAUCAACGAGUGAUGUAGUCUCUGACGGUACUAGCCGUAAAUACACUCGCGCAGCACGAGCUACAAGAGCGACACAGCCCGACUAUGUUGAGCCUGAAGCAACACCUGCUGAAUCGCUCAAAUUCUCCCAGCUACGAGGACUCGGCCCGCCUUGGCAGAAGCAACUCACUUAUGGGUCCGGACGUCGCCGAGCUGUCAUAGACUUUGCGGACCUUCACCGACUCGACGAAGAAGAGUUUCUCAACGAUUCGCUUAUCGACUUUUACAUGAUCUACCUAUUCAACCACAGUAAUCUCCCGUCAGACAAAGUGUAUUUCUUCAACACACAUUUCUUCUCCACUCUGACCCGCAAAGUAUCUGGCCUUAAGCAGGGCAGUAUCAACUAUGACGGUGUUGCACGAUGGACAGCCAAAGAAGACAUAUUUGGGUAUGACUAUAUUGUGGUUCCUAUCAAUCAGGACCUACACUGGUAUCUUGCAAUCAUUUGCAAUGUUGACAACAUUGCUCGCAAAUUUCACGUCAAGAGCCCAGAAGAGCCCGUGCCUUCUGUUGAAGCCUCCGUUGAGGUAUCCAGUGAACCGGAUAACACUCAGAUUGUCGAAGUCGAGGAUGGACCCAGCUCAAGUCGUAAUGCUUCUUUGAAACCGAUUGAUGGGUCAGGAGUUCUAUACGAGGCUCCUUGUUGUGACGAUGACGAGAUGCUUUUCACCGCAGAAUCAAGUCUAGAUUUGGUGGAGUCUUAUGAACCCGUUAAGAGCACGGAAUCCGUCGCCGCCCCCAAAAUCAACUUGAGCGAGGGCUCUGACGAUAUGGAAACCACCCAAGAUAUACAUGCAUCUAUGGCCGUGGAUGUUACUGACGGGCCUUCCCACGACACCGCAUCGUCAUCAUUCUCCAAAAAGUCAAAGCGCAAAUCUGCUCCGCCUGUGAAGCGAUGCGACCCAAAUGAACCGUGUAUCAUCAUGUUAGAUUCCCUUGGAAAUCCUCACAGGAGCAAAGCUGUCCGAGCCCUCAAAGACUACAUUCGCGAGGAAGGUCGAGCAAAGCGUGGCAUGGAAGCUGUUAUCGAUCAAAAUGCUGUUUACCCCAAAGCCCACGAAAUACCUAUGCAGGACAACUUUAGCGAUUGUGGUGUGUAUGUUUUGGGCUACAUCGAACAAUUCUUCAAAGAUCCGGAUGGAUUCAAAACUCGUGUGCUCAAUAGGGAAAUGAGAGCCGCGACGGAUUGGCCCAACAUGCUGGUUCCCGAAAUGCGUAACAAAAUUCGAUGCAUCCUGUUUGACCUGCAUGAGGAACAGACGAACGAGCGGAAAAGAGCACAUGCAGCCAAGAUGGCUCACACUACUCGGCACAAAAGUUCUAGUGAUGCUGCCACCGCUAAUAUUCAACCCAAACCUAUAAAACAUACACGAGAAAAGAAGGAUCCUCCCGCUUCGAUUCUCAUCGAUGCAAACAAACAAAACAAUCCCGGCGUAUCGAUACAAGCCACGUCUUCUCCUCGCACAGGCCGCUCGAGGGCUGAACAUUCACCCCAGUUGAAUUCGAUCAUGACGACCGAGAUCAUGUCACCUGCAAAGCCAAGGCUAGCUUCCCCGUUCGAACCCCGAUCGUCGUCGAAGCAUGAUACUACAUCACCCGCACGCGCUCGAGGCAAAACCAAUAAUGUCCCACGUACCCCUCCUGGAGGAGCUCGCUAUGGCCGUAGCGAAAACUUUGAGGAUGUCCAACCCAAGUCAGAAAAGCCAAUCAAGAAGUCAAGCCCGCAAGUUGUGAUCAAAUCGUCGUCGCCAACCUUCAUUCCAUCAAAAGAGCAAAAGCACGCUGAUUUAUUCUCCGAUAUUGAGGUACUCAGUCCCAACAAGUCGAAUGCAAUAGAAGUAGCGCCGAAGAGGCCAUCGAAAGACGAUGGCUCAAUGGAAUCCCCACGAAAGAAAACCAAGACAAUCAAAACAGCAGUUGGUGGGCCUGGCUGUUCAUCUGAUCCUAUAUCAAUCGAUGACUCGCAGGAUACUAUCGUAGUGAGUCCGGUAAAGCGAGUUUCGAAAGAAGCCGUUCAAAUCUCCCCUGAGCCGAGGGACUCUGAUGGCUUCGAGCGGUAUCCAAAAUACAAGCAGGAUCGUGUCGAUUUCAACAGGCGGCGACUAUACUCAUCCCCCCUAAAAGGCCGUAAAGACCGGUCUGAAAUUCCUGAAAGCCCGGAGGCAGAAGCCAGACCAACGAGUCUGCCAGCUGAUGGUGUGCUGCUCCAUUGA